GUGCGCGCGGAGCUCCGCCGGCAGAACCGGCGCCCUCGGAGCGGCGGCGACCGGGAGCGCUACGCGCACGGCGGCUGCGGGCACCCGUCCCUGGCGGCGGCCCCCGGCGCGGGAGCGGUCGGGAGAGGAGGUACGCGCCGCCGGGGGGCCCGCGUCCUCUCGGGGACGCGCCGGUGCUGGCCGCGCUGCGGGCCGGCGGGGAGGACAGGCGCUUUGCAGUUCUGCCGCCUCGCUCUGGGCCCUGCGGGCGAGGCUUGGGAAUUUGAACCCUCUGAUGCGCCCUCGGUCUGUUAAACUAGCGCACAGAGCCCCCGAUCUUUUACGCGGUUCAGCGCGGCCUGCGUUUCUGCAGAGGAAGGCUCUGGUGCUUGCUUUCGGGAAGCAGGCGCGGUGUGAGCUGAGCCACCACGCACCAGUCCAGCUGCUGUACGAACUGUGAGACAGCAGGCGGGCUGAAGUGACGCGGGAGUCCACGAAGAGCUGUCACGGUUGGGUUUGACCUCGCUGAGCCUGCCUUUUUCUCCUUGCUUCCAAUUUGCAAAUUGCUGAUUUUUUAUUUUUUUGUUUUUAUUUUUUAAACUAGCGAUGACCUCUAAGGAUGUUUCAGGCAAAGCUAAUAGUAACUGGAGAUGACUUCGGCUACUGCCCUCGGAGAAACCAAGGCAUCGUGGAGUGUUUCCUAGCUGGAGCUGUAUCUAACGUGUCCCUUCUGGUCAAUGGAAGUGCUGCAGCAGAUGCAGCCAAACUAGCAAGGAGAUACAACAUCCCCAUAGGACUGCACGCCAACCUCUCUGAGGGCUCCCCUGUAUGUGAGGUGCUCAAGAGAAGCUCUUCUCUGCUCAGUGAAGCUGGAUUUUUUCAUGGGAAAAUGGGAUUCAGAACAGCUCUAUCAAAAGACCUCAUAAAUAUGUCAGAGGUGAAGCAGGAGCUAAAGGCCCAGGUGGAUCUGUUCCAUGAGCUAACAGGCCACCUACCUCCUCACAUGGAUGGACACCAGCACAUUCACGUUCUCCCAAAGGUCAGGCAUGUAUUUGCAGAGGUGUUAGAGGAAUAUGGGAUUGAAUACACUCGUGUCCCAAUAGAGCCAGGCCUUCAUAACUGUGACUGGAUUGAGCCAUCCCUGAUGGACUUCUAUGUGGGAGUAGAAGAAGAUUCUCUGAACACAGUGGAUGUGUUUACAAAGCAUGGAAUAAGGUGGCCAGAUAUUUACAUAGGAUUGAGUACCAUGGGCAAGAACAUGUCUGUGAGUGCCAUCCAGAAUGCCAUAGACACCGCCAUCGUGGACUUCACAUCCAAGGUGCCUGCACACCCAGUGCCACAGCACAGGACGGUAACAAUUGAACUGAUGGUGCACCCAGGGUACCCAAGUGUCCCUGCCAUCGGUGGCUGUGGGGAAGGACCAGAUGAUUUCUCACAGUCCUGGGAGCGCCUGCAUGAACUCCAGACAUUAAUCAAGCCAGAGCUGCAGAGCCAUUACAAAACAAGGAACAUUCAGCUUUGUUCAUUCAAAGAUCUUUAGAUAUACAUAUAUACAUACCUAUGUUUGUACUUCAAGGAUACACAAUUGCUAAUGUCCCCAUAAGCCAGACCACCAUUGCCAGCCUUUGUAAUACCUCCCAGCACAGCUGACAGGAGCUGUCAAUGGCCUGGAAGUUGCAUGAAGCCUUUUGUGAAAGUUGAAGCAGUUUGUGAGCAGUGACAGGCAAGUACUUGGGGGUGCAUAUCUGGGUACUUCAGAACAUUGUCCUGUGAGCGCAGUCAUGUUCCAUAUGAACCUUCGGCCAGAAAGUCCUUGUCCUGUUUGUUCAUUUUAAUUCCAAUCAUGAAAGCAUCUGAACUUCAACAAGCCCCGUACAUAUUGGUGUGUUUAACUGCAUUUUAAGAUGUAGACUUUUCGUGUGGGACUUUCUUUUUCAGACUGUUGAUGUUCAUUUCCUGUGCAAAAGCUAUCUAUCUAACAUCAUUUUAAAGCAUAUUUUAAAUACUAAAAAAAAUUAAUAUCACCACCUUUUCUAAGCAAAAAAAUAGUGGUCCUUUUCCGUUGUAAUGCAGUGUGAGCAGAAAGCACUCAGGUGUCUGCUCCAAACGCAAGGCCAUGCAGUGCUGGCAGGGCAUCUUGGUGUGCUGGUCACAAGAGCUGCGUGAUCCACCACUCCUGUGUGCCUGAGGCAAUGUUUGCUCUGUACAAACACAGAAAAUCAUCGAGGACCUUGGUAAAAUAUUUUCUCAGGCUCUUUCCUAAUUAUCGUAACAGAGCUGAUUUGACAUGGGACAAUUUCUUUAUCUUUCCGCUCGGUGCCCGUGCUGUGCAGAACAGCGGAGUCCUCGCAGAAGCAGCGUGAGCAGCGCCUUCAGUGCUGCAGUUCGCCUCACCGCUGUCUGAGAGCGGAGUUUACGCGGUGUGGAAGCAAAACGCGGAAGACGGCAGACCUCAGAGCUGCGGAAGGUAACUGAAGUGCCAGAGCGCGGUCGGACACACGAGUGCCAUCUAGUGCCCUUGCACGUGCAGCAAAGCCGAUGCGCCAGUACUACAGCUCAGCCUGAAAAGGCUGCAGUGUGACCGAGGUAUGAUGGAUAUUUUAAAACCUUAAUUUAAACUUUUGAACUGCACAAUAAUUGGUGACUUUGCUCUGUUCACAACAUCUGUUAGGAUGUAACAUAGCUCAGCUUGUGUGAUUUUCUUCUAGCUGAACAUGGAAAUGAACACAACAACAGUCUUACCUGAGCAGACAUUGUUAAGAAAGGUAUUUUAUGAACACCUCAUUUUCAGAUGAACAGAACUGAAACCCAAUUUUUAAACUGAAAUGAGUUCUAAAUGGGGAAAUGAAUACAGAGCUACUGAAAGACUGCUAAAUAAGGAACCUUUCCCUUGCACGGAACGCACAGAGGAGGUUUCUCAGGGGCUCUGUGAGAGCUUCACAUUCACCAUGGAGUUGAAAUUAAAAGUGCACGCAGACUGCUGUGAUAAACAACGCUGUACAAAGAUAGCCGAGGUACAAACAUGAAAUCUCUUUGAAAAUAAAACCAUGCCACAAUACCUUUGAGAGCAAUUUUUAUUAGGGCAGCAGAAUGGAAUUGCAGAAAGCCUAUACCAGUGUUUGUGGGUGUAGUUGCACCAGUAUGUUUUUAUUUUGGAUUUUCAACUGCAUGUUCAGAAUUCAGCAUGGCUUAGGGAACCAGAGAGCACAAGAGCUUGAUUUCCUGAGUUAACAAAGAAUUUGAUUUUUUUUUCACCUCAGACUUCAACCACACAGUACAGUAUUUGAUCUUUAUCUUCCUUUUAGAGGGCCACCUGCAAACAAAAGCCAUCACUUAUGUUACACACUUAUGAUUACAAAACUGAGCUCUGAAAAACACACAAAGAAAACUGAUGGUAAUGCUCAUCUUCUAUGUGAUCUUUACAAAUGAAAUGAGAACAGGCUAGCAUACAGCACUGCUAUAGACCUCUACAAAUCAGCUGAAGCUCCUUCAGUUACACAGCUCUUCCAGUUUCCUUACAAUGGCAUCCAAGCCACACUGAAAUAAAUGCAGUCUUUAACCUGAGAGGCUUACAACCAGAAAGUAUAUUGUUUAGUAGUAAUGAUGGCAGCAAACUAGUGCUACAGUUGUUUUAAAUAAAAAUAA